GAACCGGUGGCAUAAAUGUUAAAGGCCACCGGUUUUGAACCGGUGGAAAUUCUUUUUAUAAAAAACCCGGUCAUAUUUUCUUUUUCAUAUAUAAACCCCUUUUAUUUCCCAAACCCUAGCCUCUUCUUUUCUUCUGAUCUCGUCCCCUCCCUCAUCUUCUCUCUCUUCUCUCAUUCUCUGAUCUCUUCUCUUGUCCCCUCCCUCCCUCUUCUCUUUCCUCUCUUUAGAUCUCUUCUCUCGUACCGCCGUUCAUUCCACCCCGCCGCCGUUCUUUCCUCUAUCAUUCUUCUCCACCUUACCGUCGUUCAUUCCACAUCGUCGCCGCCGUUCUUUCUUUUCUCUCUUUUGCGACGAGGUGAGGGGUCUAUUUCUUCACCGGCGCCGCAUCUUUGCAGUGGUGGUGGAUCUCUCUUCACGAAGGUCGAUGAACAUGGUGAACAUGUUGUUCUCGAGUCCGCCAAGGUUAUGAUGGUUACGGUGGUCGCGAUCCAUCUCUCUAUCUCUUCUCGAGUCCUCUGCUUUAGAUCUUGGUUAUUGUGAUAUGGAUUCAACAAUGCUGGCUUGCAUUGCGUUCUCCUGCCCCAAUCUGGAAACCAUGGAGAUCUCUAUGUCAGAGUCAUCAAUUAACCGUAUAUCUGGGUGGCUGUUGGAAGAUGUUAUCUAUAUGCAAGGCUGCUGCUGCCUCGCCAAGGCUCGCUGCUGCAGUUGCUGCCUCGCCACGUGUUACAUUGGUGAUUUUGUGUGACUUGUAUUUAACAGUGACUUGUAUUUUUUUUUUGGACCAAAAUUGUAAUAUUACAGCCUUAUUUUAAUGAAAAUAUGUAAGUUUAUAUA